UCUGACACAAGUAAUUAUAGCGAAAGUGAUGACGAUAAUAGUGAAAGCGAAUGUGAUGAUACCAGUCUUUUGGUGACAUUAUUGGACCUGAGACUUAAGAAAAUGCAUCCUUGGCCUAACUAUAUACGAGAAAGAACCAUUAGGUUAUGCCGUGAAGAACUCGAUACUAUUGCCAAUGAUAGACCUUUAUCUACUGCUUCUUCUCCAGCUACCACUUCAUCAACCAACUGA